AAAGCCAUAGAGAAGAAUGUGCUCUUUGCUCAUCUUGAUGACAAUGAAAGAAGUGAUAUAUUUGAUGCCAUGUUUCCAGUUACUUAUAUUGCUGGUGAGACUGUGAUACAGCAAGGUGAUGAAGGGGAUAACUUCUAUGUUGUUGAUCAAGGAGAAAUGGAUGUUUAUGUAAACAGUGAAUGGGCCACCAGUGUUGGGGAAGGUGGCAGCUUUGGAGAACUUGCACUGAUCUAUGGAACACCCCGAGCGGCAACUGUCAAAGCAAAAACGAAUGUGAAAUUGUGGGGUAUUGAUCGAGAUAGCUAUAGAAGAAUCCUUAUGGGUAGUACACUGAGGAAGAGAAAGAUGUAUGAAGAAUUUCUUAGUAAAGUGUCAAUACUGGAAUCCCUGGACAAAUGGGAACGUCUCACAGUGGCUGACGCGUUAGAGCCAGUACAAUUUGAGGAUGGACAAAAAAUUGUGGUGCAGGGAGAGCCUGGAGACGAAUUCUUCAUUAUACUAGAGGGUACAGCUGCUGUGUUGCAGCGCAGGUCAGAGCAUGAAGAAUUUGUUGAAGUGGGCAGACUUGCACCGUCUGAUUAUUUUGGUGAAAUAGCUCUAUUAAUGAAUCGUCCUCGUGCUGCCACUGUUGUUGCUCGUGGCCCCUUAAAAUGUGUAAAGCUUGACCGGCCCAGAUUUGAGCGUGUUUUGGGUCCAUGCUCCGAUAUUCUGAAACGGAACAUCCAGCAGUACAACAGCUUUGUCUCUCUCUCUGUCUGA